AUGCCGCUGCGGCCAAAUAUGUGCCCUGAGAGGCGAAUGCUCUGUACAUGUCACCUGCCCCAUUUCCAGUUCAAGGAGAUAAGGAAGAGGCACAAACUCCAGGAGGAAAGGCUGGGCCCAGGAAUGUACAACAUCAGGGACUUUCUGCAGGAUACACGGCCCUCCAGCCUCUGGGGGAUCUGUGACACAAGGGAGCAAGUGGCGCCAACAAGGGGCUGUGGUGGGUGGCUGGCCCCAGCCCCUGCCAGCCCUCCUCAGGGCAUGUCAAAGCCUGCCUGUGGUGGCCAUCACACCUUGGAGAGGAGAGGCACUGAGCCAAGCACUGGCACUCUCAAGGGUUUGCUGGACAAGCUGACAUUGAAGGAGAACAAGGAGAAAGGCUGCCUCAGCACCCUGCCAAGGAACCUGGACUGCCCCACAAAGAGGAUGCUCUGGACCAUGCUCAGCCCAUGUCUGAGGGAGGCGUGUGUGAUGGGGCCAGGCUCCUACAACCCAAAACCCGUUGGGAGAUCAGCGUACUCCAGCCAACCCCCAUUCUGGUUACCUGCCAAGAGAUCUGACAGAAAGCCCUACCUCCUCUUUACUGGGAACGAGGACCCUGUAGGUGUUGGUCGCUACAACAUCACCAAGCAUGAAAAAUACCCUCAGCAGAUGAGAUACCAGUCCCUGUACCGGCGUGGCGCGUAGCGGUACCCGAGUGACUUGAAGCGGGAUGCCUGCCUGCUCGAGCAGCUCAAGCCGGUUGUUAAAAAUAACUGGAGUGAUUUGAUUUCUGCUCCACGUUGUCCAGAUACCUCCGAAGAUACCUGUGAUAAAAUCCCUGCUGUUCUCCAGACAUAA